AUGGAUCUUCUUCACAGUUGGGGGGUUGAGCUGGCGGUCCAUCUGCAGACCACAUACAGCAGGUAUGAGGGCUCGUUUAGCCUGGCGUCCACAGUGGCCGACCUGCACACCACGUUCUUCUGCUUCUUCCCGAUCUGGUUCCACCUGCGGAGGGACACGGGGCUCAGGCUCAUCUGGGUGGCCGUCCUCGGAGACUGGCUCAACUUGGUCCUGAAGUGGGUUCUAUUUGGGGAGAGACCAUACUGGUGGGUUCACGAGACCCGGUUUUAUGGAACGGGACCGGCCCCUUCUCUGCAGCAGUUUCCCAUCACAUGUGAGACUGGACCAGGAAGCCCUUCAGGUCAUGCUAUGGGUGCAGCUGGGGUCUGGUAUGUGAUGGUAACUGCGCUACUCACUAUUGCAACAGAGAAGCGAUGCCCCCCUUUAUUAUACAAGUUCCUGCAGGCAGGCCUGUGGAUGCUAAUGGGCCUGGUAGUGCUGGUGGUCUGCAUGUCCAGGGUCUACAUGGCUGCCCACUUCCCACACCAGGUCGUUGCUGGAGUCAUUACGGGUGUACUUGUCGCUGAGGUUGUCUCAAAGGGGAAAUGGCUCUACAGCGCCAGCAUGAAGAAAUACUUCUACACAACUCUCUUCUUGACCUCCUUUGCUGUUGGCUUCUAUGUCAUCCUCAAAGCUCUGGGUGUGGACCUGCUGUGGACCCUGGAGAAAGCCCAGAAGUGGUGCGUGAGAGCAGAGUGGGUGCACCUGGACAGCACGCCCUUCGCCAGCCUCCUGCGUAACAUGGGCACCCUGUUCGGCCUGGGUCUGGGUCUGCACUCGCCCCUCUACACUGAGACCAAGAAAAGAAGCACCAGUUUCAAGAUGGGAUGUAUUAUUGUCUCCUUGUUUCUGCUUCAGCUGUUGGAUGGAUGGACAUUUUCCUCGGAAAAUCUUAUAAUUUUCUAUUUUGUGUCUUUUGGUAAAAGUGCGGUUGCGCUUUUAAUCCCAACCACUCUGGUUCCCUGGGCGCUCUGCUGGAUUUGCAAGGGAAAGAGAGAUGACAAGAAUUUGUGAUUCAAGACCAAUUGUAGUUUAAAUCAAUUAUUAGUUUAAUUCUUUUAUAUUUACCACUAAUUCUAUUUCACUUUUGUGUUGAUAGUUAGAUGAUAAGAUUGACAUCACUCUAAUGUCUUUAUACUUAAUAUAUUAAUUUAGCUUAAUGGUGAAACAGCUAGCCUGGCUCAGUCCAAAUGUAACAAAAUCCGCCUACCAGCACCUGUAAAACUCAUUAACUAACAUGUUAUAUUUCAUUUGUUUAACCUGUACAAAAAAACUAUAAAAAUAUGUAUUUUUGAUAGUUUUGUGCCGGGCUAGGAGCACUGACUUUGAGUCUCUGCUGGUCAUCUAGCAAUCUCAUGGUAAAAUCACAAAUUGUCCUUUUUAUACCGUCUUGUGAAGGGCUCAUCGCAUGGGUGGAAUAUGGUCUCCGAAAAUAUAAAAUGCCUCCUGCAAAAUUAAAAUGCCUUUAAUUUACAUUGCAAUAUGUAUUUAAAGCUACAGUGGGUAGUUUCUGUCUUCCCCAUGAGGAAUUCUAAGUAAUGACAACAACACUGUCGGAGCAUCAACAUGAUACAAGCCUUCCGUGAUCCGGGAAUCAAAUAAUGACUGUUUAUCUGUAUUCAGCCUCAAAGGUCUCUCUGUCUGUUUAGAAUAUAUAUAAACGGGUAAGAAAAGAUUAUUAUUUUUUAUACAAAUGUAGUUAGCAGCUCAGUAAACAAAAGUGCUUUUUCAGCUCAAUGAUGCAUAAAAAUUAUGGAAUAAAGACAUUUUC